GGCGCUUGCUGCUUUCCGCGGGUUCUGUUAAAAUGGCGCCCUAGGUAAUGAGAGGCGGCGGCCGUUAGGCUGUGAGGCGCAGGGCGUGCGCGCGCGCGCGGGGCUGUUGCAGAGGGAGGUUCCCCGCCCCCUCCCCACGCCCCGGGGUGAGGAUGGCGUGUCCGGAUCAGAAAUCCCCCAACGUUCUGCUACAGAACCUGUGCUGCCGCAUCCUGGGCAAGAGCGAAGCUGAUGUAGCCCAGCAGUUUCAAUAUGCAGUGAGAGUUAUUGGAAGCAACUUUGCUCCUACUGUUGAAAGAGAUGAAUUUCUUGUUGCGGAGAAAAUCAAGAAAGAACUUGUGCGACAAAGAAGGGAAGCGGAUGCUGCUUUGUUUUCAGAACUUUACAGAAAACUCCAUUCGCAGGGUGUCCUGAAAAACAAAUGGUCAAUACUCUACCUCCUGCUCAGCCUUAGUGAAGACCCACGUAAGCAGUCUAACAAGGUGUCAAGUUAUGCCACAUUGUUUGCUCAAGCAUUGCCGCGAGAUGCUCACUCAACCCCUUACUACUAUGCCAGGCCUCAAAGCCUUCCAUUGAAUUACCAGGACCGCAAUGCUCAGUCUGCCCAGAGUGUGGGCAGUAUGGCGAGCAGUGGGAUCAGCAGCAUAAGCAUGUAUGCCCUGAAUGGGCCAACGCCAACUCCACAGUCCCUCCUUCCAGGACAAUCCUAUCAAGCUCCAGGGGUGGGAGAUUGCCUUCGUCAACAGCUGGGUUCACGUCUUGCAUGGGCUCUAACUGCUGGCCAGCCUUCGUUACAAAGCUCUACCUCAAAAGGCCUUCCAAACACUGUCUCUCGCAAUGUGCCAAGGUCACGGCGAGAAGGGGAGACAAGUGGCAAUGUUGAAAUAACUGAAGCAAACCUUGUAAGAGAUAUUUUGUACGUCUUCCAGGGAAUAGAUGGCAAAAACAUCAAAAUGUGUAAUUCUGAAAACUGCUAUAAAGUAGAAGGAAAGGUCAGCCUGUCCAAAUCGCUCAGAGAUACUACAAGCAGACUCGCAGAGUUAGGAUGGCUACACAAUAAAAUAAGAAGAUACACAGACCAGAGGAGCUUGGAUCGUGCCUUUGGGCUUGUAGGUCAGAGUUUUUGUGCUGCCUUACACCAGGAACUCAAAGAAUACUACAGGCUUCUCUCUGUUUUACACUCCCAGCUGCAACUUGAAGAUGAUCAGGGUGUAAAUUUGGGACUCGAGAGCAGUUUAACACUUCGUCGUCUUCUAGUCUGGACGUAUGAUCCUAAAAUAAGACUCAAGACACUUGCAGCACUUGUUGAUCACUGUCAAGGAAGAAAAGGUGGUGAACUAGCAUCAGCUGUCCAUGCCUACACUAAAACAGGAGAUCCCUAUAUGAGAUCCCUGGUACAACACAUUCUUGGCCUAGUGUCCCAUCCUGUCUUGAAUUUCCUUUACCGUUGGAUUUAUGAUGGGGAGCUGGAGGACACAUACCAUGAAUUUUUUGUAGCUUCAGAUCCUACAGUUAAAGCUGACCGGUUGUGGCAUGACAAGUACACUUUGAGAAAAUCAAUGAUCCCUUCGUUCAUUACAAUGGAUCAAUCAAAAAAGGUCCUUCUAAUAGGAAAAUCCAUAAACUUCUUACAUCAGGUUUGUCAUGACCAAACUCCAUCUACAAAGAUGAUAGCUGUGGCAAAGUCUGCAGAAUCACCAAAAGAUGCUGCUGACUUGUUCACAGAUUUGGAAAAUGCAUUUCAGGGAAAAAUCGAUGCAGCUUACUUUGAGACCAGCAAAUACUUGCUGGAUGUUCUCAAUAAAAAAUACAAUUUACUGGAGCACAUGCAGGCUAUGAGGCGCUACUUACUUCUCGGUCAAGGAGAUUUUAUAAGACACUUAAUGGACUUGCUUAAGCCAGAGCUUGCCCGACCAGCUACCACUUUGUAUCAGCAUAAUCUGACAGGAAUCCUUGAAACAGCUGUCAGGGCAACUAAUGCACAGUUUGAUAAUCCUGAGAUCCUCAAACGGUUGGAUGUUAGACUUCUGGAGGUACUCUGGGUCAUUUCAGCUCCUGACAUGAAAAUUAUUUUCUGGGUAUCUCCUGGUGAUACUGGAUGGGAUGUCUUCAGUCUAGACUAUCAUGUGGAUGGGCCAAUUGCAACGGUAUUUACACGAGAGUGCAUGAGCCACUACCUAAGGGUGUUUAACUUCCUUUGGCGAGCAAAGCGGAUGGAAUAUAUUCUCACAGACAUAUGGAAAGGACAUAUGUGCAAUGCAAAGCUCCUGAAAUGUAUGCCAGAGCUUUCUGGGGUGCUGCAUCAGUGCCACGUGCUGGCAUCAGAAAUGGUCCAUUUCAUUCAUCAAAUGCAGUAUUACAUUACAUUUGAGGUCCUUGAAUGUUCAUGGGAUGAGCUCUGGAACAAGGUCCAACAAGCACAGGACUUAGAUCACAUCAUCGCUGCUCAUGAAGUUUUCUUGGACACAAUCAUCUCUCGCUGUUUGUUGGAUAGCGACUCCAGAACACUUCUUAACCAGCUUCGAGCCAUUUUUGAUCAAAUCAUUGAGCUUCAGAGUGCUCAAGAUGUAAUGUACAGAGCUGCUUUGGAGGAGCUGCAGCUGAGGUUGCAGUUUGAAGAGAAAAAGAAGCAGCGUGAACUUGAGGGUGAGUGGGGAGUAACUACUUCCGAAGAGGAAGAAGAGAACAAAAGGAUUAGAGAGUUUCAAGAAUCUAUACCAAAAAUGUGUUCACAGCUGCGAAUACUUACACAUUUCUAUCAGGGCAUUGUGCAACAGUUUUUGAUCUUACUGACAACCAGUUCCGAUGAAAGCCUUCGAUUUCUUAGCUUUAGAUUGGACUUCAAUGAACAUUAUAAAGCAAGAGAACCAAGACUUCGUAUGUCUUUGGGCACUAGAGGGAGACGCAGCUCACAUACGUAAAGCAACUUCUAAUGAGUCUUCCUGGAAUUCUGAAGGAUGUUAAACCUGGUAUUGGACAAGGCAGUCAGUGUCUACAUACUAAAACCAAAUGGCAUGCAGUAGGUGUCUAUGAUUUCUGCAGGCAAUAUGUUUUCAGUCGUGAUUGUGUGACACUGUAGGACAGAGAGCAAAAAAGUCUUGUUUUUUACAUUAACGUUUGUAAUAUUACAAAAUUAAAUGGGCUGGUUUAAACUGUUCCAACUGAUCUGCUAAAUCUUCCUCUUAAUGAAGACCGUAUUUUAUUUGGGGCUUUUUAAGCUCUCUUCACUGUAACUUACAUUCGUCUCCAGGAAAUCACAUCUUAAUUUGUUUCAAAAGGCUCCAUUUCCUUUUUUAACAGUAAAAUAAGAGGGCGUUAUUUUUUCUAUAUAUAUUUGUUCUAUUGGGAUAUUGCUUUUGUUAAAACCAAGAGAUUUGGAUCGAGACCUAAUAUCCAUAUUAAGAAAAACAUUUUACUAUACUGAUUUUCAGUGUUGUGAUGUAUUUGUGUGAGAAACUUUGUAUCCUGGUAUGUAAACUUUACAUACGUUUUAAAUUUUUUUCUCUCUUCAAAGCUAACAUUUUCAAAAUUUUGAUUUGUUAUUCCAGGCAAAUUCUGCUACUAUACAAAAGCAAAUUACAGGACCAUAACAGGUGUGACAUGUAUCACAUAAUAUAGCAUCCUAAAAUUGAAGUUAAAACCUUAGUGCUAGCCCAAGUGAAGUAAAGAAAUGUGUAAAUAUGGAUAGAAGUGAAUGAAGUAUUUUGUGGUCAAAAUCCUAUGAUUAGAGAGAAAUUGACUUGGAUAAUGAAGACUACUUAUUUCUUUCUUGCCUAUUUUUCCAUUGUAAAUAUUUAUAUAUUGCUGUCCAGAUGUUAGGGGGAAAUGGUUUUUGUAAAGAUGUCAUUAUAUCAAGUCAUUUAAGUAUCCAUUUAUUAUGUUCCACAAGUAAAAGCUUAGAAAAAUAAAAACACGACUAUCUUUCAAA